AUGGCCCGGAUUUUCCGGGCCGCGGUCGCUGCCGGCUUUUGUGCUGGCAGCCUGGGGCACGCCGUCGAGGCGGACUGUAAGGGGGAGGAAUCCCCGGGCCUGGCCUUCAUCCAGGCAAAGGCACUCGCACGAGACGGCGCCAUCGCGAAGAAGGAGCUUGAGUAUUCUUGGGCUUCCGGUCGCGGAAACUUCCCCAACUAUGGUGUGGCUAAGGACCCGGCGCCCUUCGAUCUCCCAAAGCGGUUUGCUUGGAGUUGGUCCUUUCCCCUCGGAAGGUUCAAAGUCUUGACGUACGGCACUGCCAUCGACCACCUGAGGAACGUCUACCUUAGUGGAGCAGAUGGGGUCCGGAAGUUUGAUUCGAGUGGCGAGCUGUUGUGGCAGUACGCGUCGCUGCCUGCUGAAAUGAUGGAUGCCCCUUCCCUGCUUAAUGGGAGGCUCUACGGAAGCGACACGCACGGGAACGUGGUCGCCCUGGACAUGGACGAUGGGCAGGUUCGGUGGAAGGAGCAGGUUUCCGCCCGCAUCUGCCAGGACAACGGCUUCACCAUGGCCAAGGAUGGUGUGGUCCUUGCAGCCAGCGAUUGUCGCGAGCCCUCCCCCAACGGAGAGGCCAACCACUUGGUCAAGGCCCUGAAUGCUAGCUCCGGUAAGCAGCUCUGGACCUAUGCACCCGACACCGCUGUUUGGAACUUCCUGCCCCUUUUUGUAGACGAGGGCGACUUCGUAUUUCAGGAUAUGACCGGCAAGGUCUAUAGGCUGGAUCUGCACACCGGCCACGUGAUUUGGAAGAGUGGCGGCAAGGAAGGCACGUGGACAGAUGGCAGCGCAGCGGUGGGCAAUGGGAUGGUUUUUGCAGUGAACAACAACCACCCGCCCGGAGUGGCCAGCGAGUACCUCCCUGGCACCCUUAGUGCAUACAACCUCAGCACUGGGAAGUUGGUCUGGAAGGAGGUGACGCAGCGACCACCCAACAAUGCACCUGCCGUGGGCAAGGUGAAGAAUCUGCCUGGCAUGUCGGUGGUCAUGCCCCUGUGUGAGCAAGUGCUUCAGGGAGCACACUGCGACGUCCACGUCUACAACGCAGACACGGGGGCCUUGCGGUGGGUCUUCCACGGGCCAGCCCAGAAGGGAAUUCUGCAGGCUGGGGACUCGGAAGGUCAGACCGACCGCUCGUACAUGGGCAUCCGCACCCUCUGCCUACCCAACGGCUGGAGCGCGCCCACGAUCGACGCCGAUGGGACGGUGUUUGUCGGACACGAGGACGGAAACUUCUACGCCCUUCGUGACAUGGACGGUGACGGCGCGAUCUUUGGGGAUGAUGAGGUGCAGCUUUAUGACACCUAUGCCGCAUUCUCGGGAUCGUCUGCCCCGGCUGUGGGUCCUGGCAUCAUGGCGAUCGCUUCCUGCGAUUCGCUCUUCGUGUUCAAGUGA